AUGGAUCCAUAUGCUUCUUAUACCUACUCGUCUAACUAUGAGUCCCUUAGAAACGAACGCUCAGAUUCUGCACCUGGAUCGUUACCAACUGCCGAUCAUCACCACCAACCGCAGCAACUGCCGCCUUUUAGAGAGAUUCUGCAAAAUCAUCUGCAGCCAACCACUGGUUCCGCAUGCGCUGUACCUGCCGAACAGAGCUUGAGCAUGACAAGGAAGACGUUUUCCUACACGCAGGCGCCAACAUCAGCGAGGUCAGAACCUCAAUCACCUAUAAAUUCGCAAACAGGCAAUAGCGUUGAGGGCUACGAGACUAUGUCCGUUCAGAGCAUCGACUCAGGAUAUCCUUACCCUGAGCGUCGCGGCUCCUCGUAUGCUCCACAAUAUCCAGACCCCAGCGUUCCCUUCAACCCGUCACAGCGACUGUCUUACCAGUCACAAGCUGCGUUCAGUCCUUCCCGCGAAAAUGCCAGCUUGCCACCUAUUCGAGACAUUGAUCGCAUGGGGGGUGCUUACGAUUCUCCUUACUCUCCACCUUCUAAUGGAUAUCAACCAUUUGGGGCGGUGGCAGCACCGCCCAAUACUCACGAUACUUAUUCUCUGGGGAAUGAAAGGCCUGCAUACUUUGACCCGACGAAUCGACAUGGGUACGCUUACCCGCCACCGAGUAGACCGGCACCGCAAGCAGAAUACCCAAGAUACGCGCCUUCUCCGUAUGGCUACCGUGCUGGCGCCCCUUAUCCGUCACCCUAUGGCCCAGGUGACUACCUACCCUCGCCAACGAGUUCUCACAACGCAACUUCACCGACUGUGGCGAUGGACACGGACAGUCGCAACAGAAAGCGGAGGGGGAAUCUGCCGAGGCAGAUCACCGACGUCUUUCGUGCUUGGUUCUAUGACCAUCUUGAUCACCCUUAUCCCACGGAGGAGGAUAAGCAGAUGUUUUCAGAAAGAACGGGACUCACGAUGGCCCAGAUUAGCAACUGGUUCAUCAACGCCCGGAGGCGCCAGCUUCCUGCACUGCGACAUGCGAGGGAUAGGCAAAGUCAGAGCGUGGCCACAGAAUAUGACCCAGAACAUUUACGCCGGUGA